CACAAAACCCAAGGACAUUUCACUCUCACAACUGUGUCAAUACGUCUGUUAAACAAUAAAACAUUCAAAUAUUUACCGAAGCCUCAUAACACAACAACUAAGUGGAAAUUAUACGGAUAUGUGAAGGUGUGUCUCCUUUCGCAACCGGAAACGGUGCAGUGUGUGUUAGUGUUAACACGUCAGUACAGAUGAACUCAUGAGUGAAGCAGGCCGAGAAGUUUCAGGUCAGAAACACACGGGAUUUAUCUGGAUCCUGGAUGUUGAUUGUUUAAUUACGGUCAAAAGGCUUUAUCGAUACAUGAUCAGCGCAGGAACGCGUUUGGAGAGUCUCAGCGGCUGUUUUAGGGAGUUUUGAACAGGCGGAGCGGCGGCGGCUUCUGCUGGUGGAAAAUGCCUCUGUUUCCAUGGAGUUUGUGUUUGUGUGCGGCGCUGUGUGUUCUGCCGGCGGUGCGAGCGGACGCUGAAGAUGCUUCACUGCUGGACGGCUGGCAGGAUGUGUGGCUCUUCCGCUUGUUCCUCAAUGUUUUGGGCUACGCCACCAUCAUCAUCCCUGGAUAUUUCCUAAUCAGCUACUUCAAACGAAUCAAUUAUCUAGAAACAGGCCGCGGGAUUUGCUUUCCUCUCAUAAAGACGUGUGUGUUUGGGAAUGAGUCUAAAACUGGACUGCUGGAUGAUGUUUCAACGGCGUCCAGAACCGACUCUGAAUCCAGUUCAUCAGCUCGACAGGCCUUCAAAUUGAUCUUCUGUGCUGCUGGACUCCAGGCGUCAUACCUGACAUGGGGCGUCCUUCAGGAGCGGGUGAUGACACGGUCCUACGGCGCCACGGAGGUGGAAGGCAGCGGCGAACGCUUUAAAGAUUCCCAGUUUCUGGUGUUCAUGAACCGCAUCCUGGCCUUGACGGUGUCUGGACUGUGGUGCGUCCUGUUCAAACAGCCCCGCCACGGUGCGCCCAUGUACAAAUACUCCUUCGCUUCACUGUCGAACAUCCUCAGCAGCUGGUGCCAGUAUGAAGCGCUCAAAUACAUCAGCUUUCCCACACAGGUGUUGGCCAAGGCCUCUAAAGUGAUUCCCGUGAUGCUGAUGGGCAAGAUUGUCUCGCACAAGAGCUACGAGUACUGGGAAUACUUCACCGCCGCGCUGAUCUCUGUGGGUGUCAGCAUGUUCCUGCUGACCAGCUCCACCGGCAAACAUCCGUCCACCGUCACCACCUUCUCCGGCGUCAUCAUCCUCGGAGGAUACAUCGUGUUCGACAGCUUCACCUCCAACUGGCAGGACAACCUCUUCAAAUACAAGAUGUCGUCGGUGCAGAUGAUGUUCGGCGUGAAUCUCUUCUCCUGCCUCUUCACGGUCGGCUCUCUGCUGGAACAGGGCGCCUUCUUCGACUCGCUCGCCUUCAUGACGCGCCACUCCGAGUUCGCUUUCCACGCCGUGCUGCUGUCCGUCUGCUCCGCGUGCGGGCAGCUUUUCAUCUUCUACACCAUCGCGCAGUUCGGCGCGGCCGUCUUCACCAUCAUCAUGACUCUACGGCAGGCCAUCGCCAUCCUCCUGUCCUGCUUCCUCUACGGUCACGCCAUCACCAUAGUGGGCGGCUUUGGAGUGGCCGUGGUCUUCCUCGCCCUUUUCCUCCGCGUCUACGCCCGCAGCCGCAUGAAGAAGACGGGCAGCAAGCGGGUGACGCAAACGCCGGUUCAGAAGGUCUAGAUGAACAGCGGUCGUUCGGAUGUGUACAGAUGCCACAUUUUCGUGGUUUAAUUCGUCUUUUUUUGUUUGCUGCAAAACUGUGGGUUUGUAUUUUGUAAGGUCAAAAGGUACAGAAAGGGAUUACGCUGUAUUUCAAAGGGAUUUUGGCUCGGCACUUGGUGUUUUUGAGUGGGAAAUGACUUCAUGAGCCGUCGAGUGAACACGGACUGGUCAGUGAGUGCUGAGCCUUUGAUAUCUUUGUAAUUUGGUACUGAAAUACGUUCAGUUUUUCUAUUUAAAGUUUGCUUUAAGAAGUUGUUCGAGAGGAAUACGAGAUGUUGUUGCGGUAGAGAUGCUUUAGGAGCGUCUGUGCCACUUGUCUACUUACCCAUCCAUCUAUUCUCAUCAUAUCUGGGUCAUAUUUCACUACAAAAACAAAUAGAAUCUAAUAAUAAAAUGUAGUAAACACACAAUAGUGUAGCCUUUUUUCAAGAACCAUUACCCUUUUUGCAUUAUCACAUUAUUUUCAUGAAAACUAAGCAGAUUUUCUGCCCAAAUCAUCUUAUUGUUAUUAAUAUUAUUUUUUAUUAUUUGUAUUAUUUUUUUAAAAUAUUUUAUUAUUAUUAUUAAUACAAUAAUACAUUAUUUUUCACUGUUUUACCAUAAAUAAUUAUACUGUAAUGCAAUAUUUUUAUUUUUGUGUGAAAAUGCGACUGAAGAAUACAUCCUCAGUGUCUACGUUUACAUGUGCACCAAUAAUGCGAUUAUUUCAAAUAAUCAGAGUAAGGACUCAAUCGUAUGCACUAGGGCUGCACAACGAUUAAUCGUUUGCAAAAUAAAAGUCUGUGUUUACGUAAUAUAUGUAUGUGUUCUGUGUAUAAUAAUGUAUAUAUAAGUACAUGCACAUACAUGUAUAUAUUUAAGAAAAAAAAAUUAUUUAUAUAUAAAAUGCACCCUCAUAAUUCGAUUAUAAUGGGUUUUUGGCAAUAUUGCAAUUAAACUUAAAACUUGGAUCAAACUAAUGGGAUUAAGCUCAUAAUUGGAGUAACUAUAGUUGCAUUAAACUAUGUGGCGUAUGCUGAUUUUAAUCGCAAUAAACAGGCAUGUAAACCCCUUAAUCGCAUUAUUACUGAUCUCACCAAAGUGCGCAUGUGCUCGGACGUAUGACGUGUGUUGUAAACACAACUUCGUGAAUGAACUCCGUGACAUUAUUCUGAAGUUUUUCAUCCACUCCGAAUCGAGAGACGGUGUUAAAUUACCUCAUGCUGCUUAUUCAUUUUGUCGUUGCCAGAAAAACGCCUAAAUGGGUUGCCAUUGUCUGUGUACAACUCUGCAUAGCCUCAUGAAAUGCGCUGAUGACGUGUGAUAUCUGCGCAAGCGGAGGUAUGGAAAUGCAUACGUUGACAGGCAGGUAGGACAUCAUAUCAUUGCAUUCGGACCGUUUGCAAUGAUCUUUUUUUUUUUUUUUUUGUCCUGAGACUUCCACAGAAGAUAUGUGUACAUGGUUUAAUAUCUAGACCACUUCUAUUAUUGAUUGCUAUCAGGAUGUGAAUAACAAAAAGUGUUUAUGGAAAUAGUUGCCUACCCUACCUUUAACACAGUUAUCUUCAUCCAUAGACGGUGCGAAGAACGCGACGGCAGCGUAGGUAACUAUUGUAUGUCAUUGUAACCGAUUCAACCUUUAAGUCUGUUACACUGUUCAUCACGGCAUUGAAUAAUAUCCAUUACGUCCAUAGAAAUGUGUUUUGCAUUUGACGUAAGUGGAUUAAAACCAGUUUCACCUACCUACUGUAUGCGAGUUCAUCAUUUGUGCAUUGCUUUGAGUUAUGCGAAUAAUUGAAUUCUUAGCGAAUAAUCAGAUUAAUGAAAAUUUAAUGUAAUCGGUAGGGAAGAGUUUGGCUCUUGUCAUGUAAACAUCUUACUGCAAUGAAGUCCUUACUCUGUUUAUUCUAAAAAUUGCAUUAUUGGUGCUAGAGCUGCACGAUUAAUCGUUAAAAGAUUUCGAUUCAAACACUCACGCCAUCUUAUUCCUCAAUGACAACGAUUCGCCUCUAUUAAACCUUUGACAAGUACGAUCACAGCGAACAUUCAAGUCUGCGUUCUGAUCCAGAGAGAUCAGUUGUCCUUGUCCUAUAGAUAUGAAACAGAAGUACUGGGAUAAAAGUUUAUAGUUCGGAUAUAAACACAAUCAAAAUAGAGUAAAUCACCUUUUGAAAGUAACUUGGCUCUUCAAAUAAAGAUUAUCAAUUACAUAGUUACACCAGUAGGUGGCGAGAAGUGACUGUUAGGAAUGUAUUUAUUGAAUCAUUCAUUCAAGAGAUUUGUUGAUUCAUCCAGUAAGGUAACAAGUGAAGUCUUUAUGAGUGAGUCAUUGAAUUAUUCACUAAAUGCGAUUUUUUUUUUUUUUUUAAAUAAUACAUUUAAAUUAAUUACAUUUUUUAAAAUAGGCUAGACUGCAGCAAUUAAUAUUUAGUCAAAACCUCUAGUAAAUUUUGUUUAGUUGUUUAUUUCAAAAGACGUGGGAGAAUCUAUUUUAAACCAAAAAAAUCAUGAUUCUCAAAUUAUCCAGAGUCAUGCAGCUAACUAUCAACGAAUCUGGCAGUUAAAUGGCUCAUAUCUCAAAUGUUUUCCCCCCCCGUCUUAUUCCGGCUGUCAGGUGUGCUGUUGUUGCUGGUUAUGUGGCGUAUCCGUCAUAUCAAACCAGCAUCCAUAAACCACCAGUGCCUGUUUGAUAAAUCUGAGGAAUAGGCUUUGUGUAGAAUCAUUUAAAAGCACUGAUACAAACUGUGUUUACAGCUGUUUCAAAUAGUGAAUAUGGCUAGUUUGGGUUUUUGAAAUGAACACAUCAGUCCUUGUGUAAGUCAAUACUUUUGUCUUUUGAUUUUGGGGUGAAAUAUGAGCUGAACCAGUUCUUGACUGGUUUUACGAGAUUCACUCUGAAACACAUUUUUAAGCAGGUUUGACUGUUUGAAGACGGACGGUGUCAGGUGUGUCUUAAAAGCAUUUUUAUAACACCUACCCUUAUUAUGACAUUACAAUCGAACAUGUUAAAGGCAACUAUGCACUAAAGAUGUCAUUUACUUUCCCUCAUGUCACACCAAACCCGUAUUUCUUUUCCAUAAAGUAACCACCAUCAUUUAUGGACGUCUUGUAUGGCUUCUUAGAGCUUCGUUGUGUUGGAAUAAAGCAUGACUUUUCUGCCUAAUUCUGCCUUUUAAGUCAUACGAGAUUAGAAUGACAUGAGUAUCGAUGACCGAAUGUUCAUAUUUUGCUGAACUGUCCCUUUAAGAGGCGUGGCUUCUGUCAGUGGAGUUUGUGGAACAGGAUUGUUCGGCGUUUUUCCCGGUUCGAUGAGGAAGACGCUGAAAAAUGUUUGUAAGAGCCUGAAAGGGAAGUUCCACACUAUUCAUAUUUCUAUUAAUUAUCUACCAUUACAAUAUAUACAGCUUCAGUAAAAGCCACCAAUCCAGUUUUACAGUGUGGUACGGUUCACACACGUGUUUAUUUUUAGGGUUUGGUUGAAGGAGAUUUGAACAAAUUUGCUCUCGAGCUUCACAAUACUAAUGACGUCUUGUGACAACCUUUUUUUUUUUUUAUUAUAUUGAAGGUUCUUCUUAAAGAAACUACCUAAUAAUAACCUUUUUCUUUUUGGUCAGGGGUUAAACUUUUUUUUUUUCUUCAUUAUUUUAAAGUUUAUUUUCUGUUACUGUUUUUUAUUUGCAUGUGCAAUAAUAAUCUGCCUUCUAUCAUGCUUGUUUACCAAAAUAUUAAGGUGAAAUCUCACUCCAGAAUCUACAUCCUUUCACAUGUUACAGAAAUAUUUUUAAACACUAACCAGGAAUAAAACUAACCUUAACAUUUUACAAUGAGGUCCCAUUAGUUAAGUUAGUAAAGGCAUUACAUAACAUUAACUAACAAUGAGCAAUGCAUUUGUUACAGUAUUUAUUCAUCUUUGUUAAUGUUAGUUAAUAAAAAUACAGCUGUUUAUUGUUCAGGCCCAUUAAAUGAUAACAGAUACAAUGUAUUUUUAAAUGUUUAAAUGAACAUUACCUAAGAUUAAAUAUGCAUUAAAAGUAUUUUUCAUUGUUAGUUCAUGUUAAAUAAUGUUACCUAAUGGAACCUUACUGUAAAGUGUUUCACAAAUCAUCCCUCCUGUUGAAAAUUAAAGCAUUACUUAUUAUAUUAGUAUUACUUAUAUAUGAUUAGUAAAGCAUUACCAGGUGAACCUCAUGAAAAGUUUAGAUUGUUUAUAAUGAAAAUUAAGCUUAUUUUAGGACCAUCAAGAGUUUUUAGCAUUAUGACAUUUUCAUGACAUUUACCAUGUGUUUUUUUCCCCUCAUUAUUCUCAAAAGUGAUUAUAUGGAAGCUUGUUUAUGACAAAGAAUAAAAUAGGCCAUUUUUAAUCUCGCAAUUGAGAUUAAAACUCACAUAAAAUCUGAAUUUCAAGAUAUAAACUUACAGUUGCGAUGGGGAAAAAAAAUCAAAAUUACUUUUAUUUUUUAUUUGGUGGCAGAAACAAGCUUCCAUAUGAUUCUCAUACAGGUACAGCAAUUUUUAAUUAAAUCAGAAAAAUUAAAUGUGAAAUUUAAUAUAUAUAUAUAUUUUUUUUAAUUAAACUAAAACAUCAGUACUAUAAACCUUUCAUGUACUUAAAUUACAGUAUUUUUCACAUUAUUGGGAAGAAUUCUGCUUUAUUGUCAUGAAAAACUUAAUGCUCCUAAAUUACCUUUAGGGAAAAAUUAAUGUCUGUUUUUUCUUUUUGAUUUUGGGGUGAAAUAUGACCUGAACAUGUUCUGUGAGAUUCACCUUACCAGACUGCCAUGAGGUUUUGUUUUCUGUCCUCUGUAAUAUUAAUUUCUUGUAAAGGCCCAUGAAUGUUUUGGAGGUCUUAAUGAAUCAUUUGUCUGUCAAUCUGAUCACUCAGAUAAAUGUGUCGUUUCCUGCCUUUUAAUGUGAAGGAUGUGUCUAGCCACCUAAUUAAUAGUCUUAUUAACUUUGUUUUAGGGUUAAUUUGUUUAUAUUAGAUUAAAUUAAUUUGAUCACAUGACCAAACUGUCUCAGAUGUGUGUUUCAUCCUCGCUUUCCUCGUUUUUGUUCUGGUUCCUUGUACUCAUGAUGAUGAUGAUGAUGUUAAAGUCAUCUGCACUGCUAAAUUACAUCUUAUUUUACACGUCA